AUGGUUAAUGCCCAAACCUUUCAGCAGCAGCAACAACAGCUAGAGAGAAUGCGUAGGCGUCAAGUUACAUCACCGCGACCCAACACGGAAAUUGAAAAGGAUCGGCCACUGGUUCAGGUAAAGCUUGAGAAUCCUUCUGAAAUGGCAGUAGAUGGAAAUGCCUUCAACACUAUGAACCCAAGACACCAGCAACAAAUACAGCAUCAACUCAGACAGCAACAGAUUGCUGCAAUGUCGAAUCUGCAACAACAACAGCCGGGCUAUAACCAAUUCAGGCAAUUGGCUUCAAUGCAAAUUCCACAAAUGCAAACACCUACACCAGGAACGGUCAGGGCUCAACCCGUUAAGGUUGAAGGAUUCGAACAACUAAUGGGAGGGGAUUCUUCUCUUAAACACGAGUCGGACGACAAGCUGAGAUCUCCACCUACCAAAUAG